AUGAAGUACCGAGUGUUUCUAUUUUUCUGUGUAUUUGUCAAUUAUGCAUUAUCAUUUUGUCCAACAUUCCUGAAGAAUCAAACAACUUGUUCAUGUUUUGCAUAUAUUGAUGGUGUCGUGAUCCGAUGUAGUGGCCAAAAUGGACCAGCUGUAGUGGAACAGCUCAAAAAGACACCAAUUGAAAUACGCGAACUAGCACUUGAAAGUGCUAAUAUUGUCGAGAUCGGACGAAAUGCGUUCAGAAACUUGCGGAUCAAGAAGCUGAUUCUCGACAAUAAUCGUAUCCGUGCACUGCAUCCACAAGCAUUCCGCGGUCUAGAAUCUGUCAUGCUUGAGCUUUCAAUUUCCAAAAAUAAACUCCCUGCUAUUCCAACUGAUUCACUAAUCGGAAUGCGUGCUCUACGCGUACUCAGCCUACGCUGUAACAAUAUUGGGGAUAUUAAGGGGCCUGUUUUCCAGAAUAUGUCCAGCAUGAUCGACUUAAACCUUGAAUGUAAUCAGAUUUGCAAUAUCGAAGGACAAGUGUUCAAUGAUGUAAAGGACACUUUGCAAAACCUAAUCCUAGAUAACAACUGCUUAUCAGCAGUACCUUCUGAAGCUCUUCGAGGUCUGGAUAAUCUUAUUGGUCUACACAUGAAAUAUAAUGAGAUUAAAAGAUUGGAGAACAUGCAGUUAACCAAUCUAAGCAGUCUAACAAUCCUUUCACUCACCGGAAAUAAAAUUUCUACGAUUGAAAGUGAUUUCAUGCCACAGGCCGAGAAUCUUCGCUAUCUUUAUCUGAGUAAUAAUAAUUUAGAAAUCAUCGAGGCGGGAGCGUUACAUCAAUUCAAACAAGUCCAAGUCAUCGAUAUGAGCUACAACUAUUUCACUAAAAUAACCGGCGAUAUGUUCUCUGGCCUGGAACAUCUACAACAUCUCAACCUUGAAGGCAAUCAAAUAAAGGAUAUAGCACCCGGAGCAUUUGCAACAACACCGCUACUUCUAUUAUGGCUACGAAACAACUGUUUGGGAUCCGUAUCACCAAACCUGUUUCAAGGUACACCUUUUCUACGGCAGGUGUCCCUCGCCGACAACAACAUCAGGACAAUAGAGCCCUUAAGCUUCGCACACCUAGCUAAUUUGCAUACUCUGGACUUGUCGCACAACAAAAUAUACACCAUCGAACCAAGUGCCAUUAUUGGUUCCGAUUAUCUGAUGGUUAGGUUGCAAGAAAAUCCGAUGGUUUGCCUACAAGAUGGCUUUCAUGUAAUGAAUGGCAAAGAGGCAAUAAACCUUACAACGGAGCCCAAUUUAAUCUGUCAAACAAAUUACACGAAUAAUUUGAAAGAUAUAUGCCCCAAAAACAAUGAUGUGCCACAACCGCCACUGUGCUGCUUGAAAUCUAUGCCAAAGGCUGACAAAAUUUCGACAUUAAGUUUGCAAACAAAAACAAUUACAACAUCAACAACUGCACCAACGCAUGAAUCUGUAGAUGUUCAUCCACAUAGUAUUCAUAGCAAAAAAUUCAACAGUGAGAGGUUUAUGCGCCUUUCACAACGACCUCCCGGAUAUCGAACAUCACCUUUUCUACGAUAUCGUUUACCAGCACAAACGAAGCCCACAGAAACUGCUAUACUUAGUAAAAGCCCCAACAGCGAGGGAACUCAA